AUGGCGACAACCGCCCUGUCUGGUGCCGCGUUCGGCGCCGCCCUCGUAGCGGCGGGCGUCUACCAGCCCUCCGUCAUCAUUGCUCAACUUAAGUUUGAGAACUGGCACAUGAUCCAGGCCUUCCUCGCAGCCGCAGCAAGCAGCACUAUCUUCGUCCUCGUAUUGGACAAGGCGGGAUACGUCCGGCCCAAGCCCCGCAGCCCCUCACGUCUGGGUCUCUUCUCCCAGUACGACGGCAACAUCCUCGGCGGCUCCGUGCUCGGGGCCGGCAUGGCCCUGUCCGGGUCCUGCCCCGGCACCGUCCUUGCGCAGAUCGCCGUCGGCACAAAGUCCGGCAUCUAUGUACUCGGUGGCGCCGUCCUCGCCGGCAUCAUGUGGACGGGCUUCCUCCAGAAUCUCAUCACCAGCAAGGCCAGCUCGGCGUCUCCCGAGAACCCAAAGCUCACGGUCCACGAGCGCGCCGGUCUGAGCAAGGCCGUCGCUUUCGUUGGCGCCGAGGCCCUUUUCGCGGGCGUCAUCUACGUCAGCAUGAAGUACACCCCCGCCAGCCCCUAUGCCGUUGUCGCCCCCACCAUCGGCGGGCUCUUGAUCGGUCUGGCGCAGCUCUUCUCGCUACUCACCCGCAAAUCAAUGCUCGGCGUGUCGACUUCCUACGACGAGAUUGGUCGGUAUUUCUGGUGGGCGGUCCAGGGCGGCGGCGAAAAGGGGAAGCCAUCAUACAGCAACAUCCUCUUCUCUGCGAGCUUGGCUGCCGGGGCGUGGGCUGUUGCGACGGCGUACCCCGAGUUUGCUCUUGGUGCCGCUGAUACGGCUGUCUCUCCACAGUUGGCGGCAGUGGGAGGGUUUCUCAUAGGCCUGGGAUCCAGAAUCGGCGGAGGUUGCACCUCUGGACACGGACUCAGCGGCAUUUCCCUAUUUUCAACUGCCAGCUUCGUUACGACUGCCUCCAUGUUCGGUGCCGGCGCCCUUUUCGCCCCUUUCUUCUACUAG